AGAAAUCGAGAUGAGCCAAGACCAGCCAAGAAGGCCACAAGGGGGAGACCAACAUUAUGGCAUCAAAUAUGGUGAUGUUUUCGACGUCAAAGAGGAUCUAGCAUCAAAGAACAAUGCACCGAGGGACGCAGCUGCCAUGCAAGCCGCUGAAAACAGGGUUCUUGGCCAGACACCUAGAGGCGGUCCUGCGUCUGUCAUGCAAUCUGCUGCUGAUGUGAAUCAGAGCCUCGGUGUUGUAGGCCAUGAUGAUAUAACUGAUAUCACCAGAGAUCAGGGCGUCAACGUUGCUGAAAGUGCCGCUGACGGCCGCCGUGUUAUUGCUGAAGCUGUUGGAGGGCAGGUUGUAGGAGGGUAUGCCACACGCGGGGGUGGUGCUGCUGCUGGCGGCCGAGCUGGACAAGGACAAGAUAUAUCGUCUUCCCCAGCCAUUGUUGCUGGAGGUGGAAUAACAAUCGGAGAGGCACUCGAAGCUACGGCUCUUACGAGCGGCAACAAGCCAGUGGACAUGAGCGAUGCAGCAGCAAUACAGGCAGCUGAAGUAAAAGCAACCGGGCGAGGCCAAGUGAUGCCUGGAGGGAUAGGAGCUGAAGCUCAAGCUGCUGCCGAUCUUAAUCCCGGAAUCUGGAGAGAUGAAGACAAAACCAAGCUUGGAGAUGUUUUGGGGGAUGCAACUGAUAGGCUUCCGGAUGAUAAGACAGUGACAAGAGAAGAUGCAAAAAGAGUUGUGGCUGCAGAGGUGAGGAAUGAUCCAAAUGCUAGUCCUCAUCCAGGAGGUGUGGCUGCUUCUACGGCUGCUGCUGCCAGACUCAAUCAGAAGGCAGGAAGCACUUGAAAUUAGUACCAGUUGGCGGAAGUUUAGCUAGGUAUAUAUGGCCAAGUAGGUUUUCUAGCUUUUGGUUUAGACUUGGGAAGAUGGAGUUUAGGUUGUUAUUAGGUUCUUAAAGUUUCGAGCAUCUUUUGUUCUGAAUUGAGUUAUUGUCCCGUUUCCUUGAGUUAUAAAGUGAGUUUUUCUUUAAA